UACACGAGCUACACGAGCUCCAGGAGCGGGCGGCUGCGGGGCUGCGGUGUGCGGGGGCGCGCCGAGGGACGGACUCCGUGCCGGCGGCGGAGGGGUUAAGACGGCGGCGGUUCUAUUUGCGGCCGCCGGAGCUCCGGGCGAUUAGAGAGCGGCUCCGCUCCCCCGCCCGGCCCGACCGCUGGAGCGCGGCAGCAGCAGGUGGCGGCGGCAGCAGCGAAGAGGGAGUUAAGCCCGAGGUGGUGGCAGCGGCAGGAGGGGGCUGAGGAGGAGCGGCACCGGGAGGAGGGGGCUCGCGUAGCAGGCGGCGGCGGCGGCGGCAGGAGGGGGGGGACCGACGAGCUGGCAGCGGCAGCCGGGUUGCUAGGGAUGGAGAGAUCCCGUGUCACCCGGAUGUGAGUGUCAUGUUGGCCCAAACUCGGAGGGAUUUGGCAGCGGCGAAGCAGCGGCAGCAGCGGCUGGAGGAGGAGGAGCGGGAGCAGCCCCUCGCGCGUCGCUAGUCGCUACCAUGGGGGUCGGGUAGCGGAGCGCAGGGCAGCGCGCACCUGGCUCGGGGCGGCGGGGGCCGUCUCGGCCCUGGCUUUUCUUUUUCUUUUUCCUCUCGCUCGCCCGGAGAAAGUGGGAAUCAUGCAGCACCAGCAGCAGCAGCAACACGAGCAGCACCCAGAAGAGGCGAACUAUGCAAGUAGCACCAGAAUUCCUCUCCCUGGUGACGGACCAACUACUCAGUCCAACAGUUCAGCACCAUCCAAGCAAACUGUUCUGUCUUGGCAAGCUGCAAUUGAUGCUGCUAGACAAGCAAAGGCUGCCCAAAAUAUGAAUACCACCACAGCCCAGCCUGUAGGAUCUCUGUCCCAAAGAAAACGCCAGCAAUAUGCCAAGAGCAAAAAACAGGGUAAUACAUCUAAUAGUCGGCCACCCCGUGCCCUUUUCUGUUUAUCCCUCAACAACCCAAUACGAAGAGCCUGCAUUAGUCUAGUAGAAUGGAAACCAUUUGACAUAUUUAUAUUACUGUCUAUUUUUGCCAAUUGUGUGGCCUUAGCUGUUUACAUCCCAUUCCCAGAAGAUGAUUCUAAUUCAACUAAUCAUAAUUUGGAAAAAGUAGAAUAUGCCUUCCUGAUAAUUUUUACAGUUGAAACAUUUUUGAAGAUUAUAGCAUAUGGAUUAUUAUUACACCCCAAUGCGUAUGUUAGAAAUGGAUGGAAUUUAUUGGAUUUUGUAAUAGUAGUAGUAGGAUUAUUUAGUGUAAUAUUGGAACAAUUAACCAAAGAAACAGAAGGUGGCAGCCACUCAGGUGGCAAACCUGGGGGCUUUGAUGUCAAAGCCCUAAGAGCCUUUCGUGUAUUGCGACCUCUUCGGCUUGUAUCAGGAGUGCCCAGUUUACAAGUUGUCCUGAACUCCAUUAUAAAAGCCAUGGUUCCCCUGCUCCAUAUUGCCCUUUUGGUAUUGUUUGUAAUCAUAAUCUAUGCUAUUAUAGGAUUGGAACUUUUUAUUGGAAAAAUGCACAAAUCUUGUUUUCUUAUUGAUUCAGAUAUUCUAGUUGAAGAAGAUCCAGCACCUUGUGCAUUCUCAGGGAAUGGACGUCAGUGUGUCAUGAAUGGCACUGAAUGUAAGGGUGGUUGGGUUGGACCGAAUGGAGGCAUAACGAACUUCGAUAAUUUUGCAUUUGCAAUGUUGACUGUAUUCCAGUGUAUAACCAUGGAAGGAUGGACUGAUGUGUUAUACUGGGUAAAUGAUGCAAUAGGAUGUGAAUGGCCAUGGAUCUAUUUUGUUAGUCUUAUCAUCCUUGGCUCAUUUUUCGUACUUAACCUGGUUCUUGGUGUACUUAGUGGGGAAUUUUCCAAGGAAAGAGAAAAAGCCAAGGCCCGAGGGGACUUUCAGAAGCUACGUGAAAAACAGCAGCUUGAAGAAGAUCUGAAGGGAUAUUUAGACUGGAUUACACAGGCAGAAGACAUUGAUCCUGAGAAUGAUGAAGAGGCUGAUGAAGAAGGCAAACGGAACACAAGCAUGCCCACCAGUGAAACCGAGUCAGUGAACACAGAGAAUGUGAGUGGAGAAGGAGAGAACCCAGCAUGCUGUGGGAGCUUAUGUCAAACCAUCUCAAAAUCCAAGUUCAGCCGACGCUGGCGUCGCUGGAAUCGAUUUAAUCGAAGAAAAUGUAGAGCUGCAGUAAAAUCUGUCACAUUUUAUUGGCUUGUUAUUGUCUUGGUCUUUCUGAACACAUUAACUAUCUCAUCGGAACAUUAUAACCAACCUGACUGGCUGACCCAGAUCCAAGAUAUCGCAAAUAAAGUUCUUCUGGCUUUGUUCACCUGUGAAAUGUUAGUAAAGAUGUACAGCUUGGGUCUACAGGCUUAUUUUGUUUCUCUUUUUAACCGCUUUGAUUGCUUCGUUGUUUGUGGUGGCAUUGUUGAAACCAUUUUGGUGGAGUUGGAAAUUAUGUCACCCCUUGGAAUUUCAGUGUUUCGCUGUGUUCGUCUCCUGCGUAUUUUUAAAGUAACAAGGCACUGGGCAUCCCUGAGCAACUUGGUAGCAUCCUUGUUAAACUCAAUGAAGUCCAUUGCUUCACUGUUGCUUCUGCUUUUCCUCUUCAUCAUAAUCUUCUCGUUGCUUGGAAUGCAGCUGUUUGGAGGCAAAUUUAAUUUUGAUGAAACUCAAACAAAACGGAGCACCUUCGAUAAUUUUCCACAAGCUCUUUUAACUGUAUUCCAGAUUCUAACAGGUGAAGAUUGGAAUGCUGUUAUGUAUGAUGGCAUAAUGGCGUAUGGCGGCCCAUCUUCGUCAGGCAUGAUAGUCUGUAUAUAUUUCAUUAUCCUCUUCAUCUGUGGUAACUAUAUCUUGCUAAAUGUCUUCUUGGCCAUUGCUGUGGAUAACUUGGCAGAUGCUGAAAGUCUAAAUACAGCUCAGAAAGAAGAAGCAGAAGAAAAGGAAAGGAAAAAGAAUGCAAGAAAAGAGAGUUUGGAAAAUAAAAAAAGCGAGAAGUCAGAAGGUGACCAAAAGAAGCCCAAGGAUAGUAAGGUGACAAUUGCUGAAUAUGGAGAAGGAGAGGAUGAAGAUAAAGAUCCCUAUCCACCCUGUGAUGUACCAGUAGGUGAAGAUGAAGAAGAUGAGGAGGAUGAACCUGAGGUACCAGCAGGCCCACGUCCCCGUAGAAUAUCAGAACUAAAUAUGAAGGAGAAGAUAACGCCGAUCCCUGAAGGGAGUGCCUUCUUCAUUUUCAGCAGCACCAAUCCAAUUCGUGUGGGAUGCCACAGGCUCAUCAAUCACCACAUCUUUACCAAUCUCAUCCUUGUCUUCAUCAUGCUGAGCAGUGUUUCCCUAGCAGCAGAAGAUCCGAUUCGCAGCCACUCUUUUCGAAAUAAUAUCCUAGGGUAUGCAGAUUAUGUCUUCACUAGUAUGUUUACAUUUGAGAUCAUUUUGAAGAUGACAGCUUUUGGAGCAUUCCUUCAUAAAGGGUCCUUCUGCAGAAAUUACUUUAAUUUGCUGGAUUUGCUGGUUGUGGGUGUUUCUCUGGUAUCAUUUGGUAUUCAGUCAAGUGCUAUCUCAGUUGUGAAGAUCCUCAGAGUUUUGAGAGUAUUGAGGCCCCUGAGGGCUAUAAACAGAGCAAAAGGACUGAAGCACGUUGUUCAGUGUGUCUUUGUGGCUAUUAGAACUAUUGGUAAUAUCAUGAUCGUUACAACUCUGCUGCAGUUCAUGUUUGCUUGUAUUGGAGUGCAGCUCUUCAAGGGAAAAUUCUACAAGUGCACUGAUGAGGCAAAACAGAAUCCAGAGGAAUGCCGGGGGAUAUACAUUGUUUAUAAAGAUGGAGAUGUUGAUAAUCCAAUGGUCAAAGAGAGGGUCUGGCAAAAUAGUGAUUUCAACUUCGACAAUGUUCUCUCUGCUAUGAUGGCCCUUUUCACAGUGUCCACUUUUGAAGGCUGGCCAGCGCUGCUGUACAAAGCCAUUGAUUCCAAUGGCGAGAAUGUGGGACCUGUAUACAACUACAGAGUGGAGAUCUCCAUUUUUUUCAUCAUUUAUAUCAUCAUUAUUGCUUUCUUCAUGAUGAACAUAUUUGUUGGUUUUGUCAUUGUUACAUUUCAAGAACAGGGAGAACAAGAAUACAAGAACUGUGAGCUGGACAAAAAUCAGCGUCAGUGUGUGGAAUAUGCCUUGAAGGCACGUCCUCUUCGUAGAUACAUUCCAAAAAAUCCUUACCAGUACAAGUUCUGGUAUGUGGUGAAUUCUACUGGAUUCGAAUACAUCAUGUUUGUCCUCAUCAUGCUGAACACACUUUGCCUGGCUAUGCAGCACUAUGGACAGUCUAAGCUCUUUAAUGAUGCGAUGGACAUUAUGAAUAUGGUUUUCACGGGAGUGUUCACUGUUGAAAUGGUUUUGAAGCUGAUUGCAUUCAAACCCAAGGGCUAUUUUAGUGAUGCCUGGAAUACGUUUGACUCCCUCAUCGUUAUUGGCAGCAUAGUAGACGUCGUUCUCAGUGAAGCUGAUCACUAUUUCACUGAUGCAUGGAACACUUUUGAUGCCUUAAUUGUUGUUGGUAGCGUCGUUGAUAUUGCUAUAACAGAAGUUAAUCCAAAGCCAACUGAAACAGUCACAACUGAUGAGUCUGGGAACUCCGAAGACAGCGCGAGAAUCUCCAUCACUUUUUUCCGUCUCUUCCGUGUGAUGAGGUUGGUGAAGCUGCUUAGCAGAGGAGAAGGAAUCAGGACUUUAUUGUGGACAUUUAUUAAGUCAUUUCAGGCUCUGCCUUAUGUUGCCCUUCUGAUAGCCAUGCUAUUCUUCAUCUAUGCUGUCAUUGGAAUGCAGGUAUUUGGAAAAGUGGCCAUGAGAGACAACAAUCAAAUAAACAGAAACAACAAUUUUCAAACAUUCCCCCAAGCUGUGCUGCUUCUCUUCAGGUGUGCAACUGGAGAAGCCUGGCAGGAAAUCAUGCUGGCAUGUUUGCCUGGAAAACGGUGUGAUCCAGAAUCUGAUUAUAAUCCAGGGGAAGAAUACACGUGUGGAAGCAAUUUUGCCAUCAUUUAUUUUAUCAGUUUUUAUAUGCUUUGUGCAUUUUUGAUAAUAAACUUAUUUGUGGCUGUCAUUAUGGAUAACUUUGACUAUUUGACGCGUGACUGGUCCAUCCUGGGGCCCCACCACCUGGAUGAGUUCAAACGGAUCUGGGCUGAAUAUGACCCUGAAGCAAAGGGAAGGAUAAAGCAUCUUGAUGUGGUUACAUUACUGAGACGUAUUCAGCCACCACUUGGUUUCGGCAAAUUAUGCCCUCACCGAGUGGCCUGCAAGAGGUUAGUAGCCAUGAAUAUGCCACUAAACAGUGACGGAACCGUCAUGUUCAAUGCUACUUUGUUUGCUUUGGUUAGGACUGCUCUAAAGAUAAAAACAGAAGGUAACCUAGAGCAAGCAAAUGAAGAACUUAGAGCAGUUAUAAAGAAAAUAUGGAAGAAAACUAGCAUGAAAUUACUUGACCAAGUUGUCCCUCCGGCUGGCGAUGAUGAGGUAACCGUGGGGAAGUUCUAUGCCACCUUCCUGAUACAGGACUACUUUAGGAAAUUCAAGAAACGCAAAGAACAAGGACUGGUGGGGAAAUAUCCUGCGAAGAAUACCACGAUUGCUCUGCAGGCAGGACUAAGGACACUUCAUGAUAUCGGCCCUGAAAUACGCCGAGCUAUAUCCUGUGACUUGCAAGAUGAUGAACCAGAGGAAAACAAUCCAGACGAGGAGGAAGAAGUUUAUAAAAGGAAUGGUGCCCUCUUUGGCAACCAUAUAAACCAUAUUAGCAGUGACAGACGAGAUUCAUUUCAGCAGAUCAACACUACGCACCGUCCCUUACAUGUGCAGCGGCCUUCAAUUCCAUCUGCGAGCGAUACUGAGAAAAAUAUAUAUUCUCAGACAGGAAAUUCUGUGUACCACAAUCAUCAUAACCACAACUCAGUAGGAAAACAAGUUCCAAACUCAACAAAUGCCAAUCUCAAUAAUGCCAAUGUAUCCAAAGCACUUCACGGGAAACACACUAAUUUUGGAAGUCAUGAGCAUAGAUCUGAAAAUGGUUACCAUUCGUACUCUAAAGCUGACCAUGAGAAGCGUAGAAGGCCAAGCAGUAGGAGAACCCGCUACUACGAAACAUAUAUUAGGUCUGACUCUGGUGAUGGCCGUCGACCAACUAUUUGCCGUGAAGAACGUGACAUUCGAGACUAUUGCAAUGACGAUCGUUAUUUAGCAGAGCAGGAAUACUAUAGUGGAGAAGAAUACUAUGAGGAAGACAGCAUGUUGUCAGGAAGCAGGCAUGUGUAUGAUUACCACUGUAGACAUCACUGCCAUGACUCAGAUUUUGAGAGACCAAAAGGUUACCAUCAUCCACAUGGGUUUUUUGAGGAAGAUGAUUCACAGACCUGUUAUGAUACAAAAAGAUCUCCUAGGAGACGGCUGCUACCUCCAACACCAGCAUCAAAUAGACGAUCGUCCUUUAAUUUUGAAUGCCUCCGCCGACAGAGUAGUCAAGAUGAUAUCCCACUCUCUCCAAAUUUUCACCAUCGCACUGCUUUACCGCUUCACCUAAUGCAACAGCAGGUCAUGGCUGUUGCGGGUUUGGAUUCCAGUAAAGCUCAUAAACAUUCACCAAGUCGUUCCACACGUUCAUGGGCUACCCCACCUGCAACCCCUUCCAACAGGGACCAAUCUACAGAACAUAUGAAUGGUAGCCUGCCUUCCUUGCACAGGAGCUCCUGGUACACAGACGACCCUGAUAUCUCCUACCGAACAUUUACACCAGCCAAUUUAACAGUACCUAAUGACUUUAGGCAUAAACACAGUGACAAACAGAGGAGUGCAGACAGUUUGGUAGAAGCGGUACUUAUAUCUGAAGGCCUAGGAAGGUAUGCAAAGGACCCUAAAUUUGUUUCAGCUACAAAACACGAGAUUGCUGAUGCUUGUGACAUGACUAUCGAUGAGAUGGAAAGUGCAGCAAGUAAUCUUCUCAAUGGAAACAUCAGCAAUGGGACCAAUGGGGAUAUGUUUCCCAUUUUAAGCAGACAAGAUUAUGAACUUCAAGAUUUUGGUCCUGGCUACAGUGACGAAGAACCAGAACCAGGACGAUAUGAAGAAGACUUAGCUGAUGAAAUGAUAUGCAUUACAAGCUUAUAGUAUUUAGCAAGGGAAAUGAUUUUAAAUAACAGAAAAAGUGCCUCAUAGUUUAAAGAUGCUAGGCACUAGUUGGGGUUAACUGAUCAAGUUUUGUACAAGUGAUGUCACACCUCAAGGAAGCCAUAACCAAUAAACAGAUUAUCUCCGGGUUGCUGAAAUGUGAUCAGAGCUGCAGCACAUCAUCUCUUCCCACAGGAUCUUCAGUUUCUCUGUAGGAAUAAGGUUAUUUUGAAAAGAAGCAGGUUCUGACAAUCAGUUUUUUGAGGGCUAGAGUGGGAUUCUGAGGUGUAAUAUCUUGCCUGUCAUUCAACCUUGUGCUGCUGUCCUUCAUAGUAAAGCAGGAUUUUGUUAAUGAAAAUGUGUAAGUCCAGCACAACAUGAGGUGAGUGAUGACAACCAAUAAUGUCAUUACCUCAGUACCCAAGAGCAUAUCAGCUAUCCAUUGCAUAUCUAUUCUAAUACUGUUUUCAAACCUGCCUCCUGAUUUCUUUUCUUAAUGCUCUUCUAAAACAUGGUUUGUCAUGCUCUACCUGUUAGAGAUCAUUGGAAAAAGAAGUUAUAUAAAGAAUAAUCUGUCAUAUGUAACAUCAGUUUACAUAGGGAAAUAUCAUUCAGAUGGUCUGUUUUAUGACUAUCACGUUAAGGGCAAAAUAUACUGGAAUAAUUGCAUUCUUACUAAUGCACUUGCAACCAGGUUAAAGUAGAAAUAGAUAAGAUAGUUUGCUAAAAAUUAUAUAGUAGAAAUUAUUGUAAAUGAAUUGUAAUAUACAAUGAUUUGUAUUUGUAAAGAGAUGUUCUAUAUUUUGUAAUUAUUGUACCGUAAUUGAACUGCAGCAAUAUUUAUGGACCCUAAUUAUUGUAACUCUCCACAGAAUUCUAGAUAUGAGUAUUUUUACUUGGAAUAUAUAGAUCUAUAGCAUAAAUAUUUAAAUAGAGCCACCUCUCAUUGUAAAUCUUUUUGGGAUAAAAUGUCAAGUUUGAACUUGACCACACAGACUUUUUUUUUUAACAUAACAGUGUCAAAUGAAUCUCUGUGUGUAAGGGAUGCACAGUUGACCAUUUGCAGUCUUAUACUUGGAAAGGGAAAAGAUUUGAAAUUAUUUUAACAUUUUGAUUGAAAAAUAAGCCGUAAUUUUAUUUUUGUAUUAAUCCCAUGCUACUGAAAUAUUAAAAUCAUUAAAAUAUUGGCAAGUUCAUGCCAGGGCACUACUGGUCAUGGGACAGUUUGUUUUGACAAAAUACAUUAUCUAUGUACCCUACUAUGAUAGGAAGCAUCUGGGACAGAAACUGUUUCAUAGGUAAAGGAGAAUGCUUUACUUCAGUACUGCUUACUUUGCUCAGAAAAAGAAGAAAUAUGAUUCAGUGAUUCUUCAAAGAACCAAAAAAAAAAAAAAAGAAAGAAAAAAAAAAGAUCUACAAAGUAUACGACUUCAUUGCCUCUACCUUUGUGUUUCAUGUGUACUGUUUCAGAGAUUUAUUUUUAUGCAAUCAAAAGAGGGCUGAGAUAUUGUUCACAAUGCAGUAAAACCCUGAAAUGACUUUGAGGCUAAUACGACCUUGGAGGAAAAACAAAAAAUACUGAAAGCUACGAUCUAUUUUGUUAGCACUGGAUAACAAUGACUUGUUCUAACAAGUUGCAUUAUCAGGUUUUACCUGUAGUUCAUAUGCUAGAUAGCAAUCCAGUUCACAUUUUUACAAAUGUGAUGUUUAAAACAUGUCAAUAAACAUUUUGUACAUAAUGACGAUUUCCUAUGAAUAGCAUACAGACUUCCUCUGAAAUCAUUCUUAUUUCAAAUGCCAGGAUAAGAACUUAAAGGUUUGUAAAUUCUUUCUUGACCUAAAUCAUUUUGUAUUAAAACAAAUGCAAAAUGUUCUUCAAAAUAAAACUGUGUAAUAAUUUUAUUAUAACUGGGACUCCUUUUACUCACAGUUUUUCACCAGGAAGCUCCAAAAGUGAAAUUCUGUUUGCACCAUUUGGAGAAUGGUAAGGAACACAUAGAAUUUGAUAACUAAUCUAUGGCUCUAUAGUGUGCAAGCUCUUCAUGGAUAAUUGCUGUUAACCAGAAAGGAGAAGUGAUUAGAGUAUUUGUAUGAACAAGGGCUGUAUUCCUGCUGUUCACUGCAGGGGAUUAAUGUUCCCAGAGGUGUAGAUCUAUGGGAGCAACCAGGCAAAUCUGACUUAGCACCGCUUAAGAAGUGAAAAGUAAAUCUGUUGUGCCUUUCUGUCACUUGGGUGGGUUGCGCACUCUAGUCAUUUUGUUACCCAUCUCAGCUUACAGGAGCAAAGUAGAAUAAAUCACAGAGACGUAGCCAUCAUUCCAUUAAAAGAAAUGAAAGUGAUCUCAGCAAUUAACGCAUUUAUCAUGAUUUCCCAGAUUUGUUUACAUACAAACAUACUGACUGAAAGCAUUAUAGUUGUCUGUUAGCAAGGAGUUAAAUACAGCUAAGCAAAGUUAUAUUCACUUAAAAAUUGCACAUACAAAAUAUACUCAUAUUUGAACACUGUCCUUUUUUUGGAGGUUGGAUGACAGAACAAUAUAGACUAGAAGUGAGAAUACUGUAAUAAGGUGCUCGUGUUGUAUCAGGUUUUGCUUUAUAAUUCAACAGCUUCUUAGUCCGAAGCUAGUUUGGAAUACUUAACAAAUCCAUACAAUUGGAUGAAUUUAGUUCUAGUUAAUGAAUUUUGUUUCUUUAGGUGUAUUAUUUUCAUUCCUUUGUUUGUUUUUCAGUUCAGCACCAGUAAGUUAGAAACACACAGAAACAGCCAUGAAGAUCAUGUGUUUGCUUGAUUUAUCUGAAGAUAGUAAGCAAAGAUUUAAGUCCUAACUGAAGUACAGCAUUGGUUUGCUGAGUAAGUUGUUUGCCUUUGAAUUCAAAAUGAUCUCCCCUCAUAUCACUGAUAUCUUAUUUAAUAUAGUUAUUUCAAGGGAACUUCCAUUUUAAAGCUACCUCAGCUAUAAAUAUUUUUAAUGGAUUUUGAUUGAUAGUUGGUCACUACUGAGUAUAUUUACAUGCACUCAUCUUUGAGCAAAGAUCAGUGGCUUUAUGGAAAUUAUUGGGAUUGUGGAUCCCUUAAUGUGGUACAAGGUAAAGCAGCACAACUAAAUGAGCUUAAAUUGCAAAUUCUACUGUGUUUCUUGGAAAAAAUGAUAAUUAAAAAAAAAAGCAAGGGGAAAGUCCAGCUUUCCAACAUGCUUUUAUAAAUAUCAGUUCUAGUUCUGCAUUUAUUAGGAAAAAAAAAUUUUUGAUAAAUGUAUUUUAGGUCUUUUUUUCAAAGUUAAGGGCACUAAGUAUUGCAAAAUCCACCUUCUAGUAAGUAUCUGUAAGUUAUGCAUUCUUUCCAUAAAAAACACAUGUCUGUCAAAUUCUGGACAUGUUAAGUGUCUCUUCUAUGAAUUCUUUUACUUACUACUUUGGCCUGUAAGUACAUAAAUGCUUGCAUUUACUUUGCAGAAUGUGGGAAUUACUGAGUAGCUGUAAUCCUGGGUAGUAAUCUCAUAACAGUUAAAAUUCUUACUUUAAAUAAUGAGACAUACCAUAA